AUGUUCACAAGGGCGAAUUUUAUUCAUGCACCUUUCACCUUCAAACGAAUUAUUUGCUUAUUAUGCUCCCGGAGUUACGUUGCGAGCAAGGCUAAACCUACUCUGACUAUGUUUACCAAGGAAGAAUGUAGUUUGUGUGAAGAAGCCAAAGAAGCGCUUAUUCCAUACAUAGAUAAAGUUAUUUUCAAUGAGGUUGAUAUAACUGAUGCCAAAAACAAAGAGUACUUCUACAAAUACAGGUUUGAUAUUCCUGUUUUCCACUUGAAUGGAAAAUAUUUAAUGAAACAUCGCAUUAAUAAAGAGUUAUUGGACACAGCACUUUCCAGAGAAAAGUAACAAAAUACUAUAUACCAAGUUAUAUGGAAUAUAUUAUGUAAAUGUAGCAAAUAUAUUUUGCAUUGUAAAUAAGGUUUUGUAAAUAAAAGGAUUUAUGAGGAAAC